UUCGCUGAAUUCGCAUUAGCUGCUCAGCAGUACUGUUGUAGAGCAACUCUGUGACAUGGCGCUCACACCGACGAACAUAACCUAGCAAGUGUGAGAUUAACGUUUUUCCUGCUUGCUGAGAGCGCGGCAUCGUUGUAUUAAACCCAGAAUUCGCAGUUUAUUACGUAUUAUGUGACGAAAAUAUGGACGAAAACAUGGAGAAGGGCUUCGAAAAGCUCGCGGAUAGACCAAACACUAGCGCCAUCGAAACGGAGAUGUUUGAAGAUGUUUAUGAAGAAAUGUACGCUAGCACUGUUAAACCCGAGCUUUUGGAAGAUGAUCAGCCAGAUCUUUGUUUAAGUGCCCUUAAAACAGAGGCACCGGAAGAUGCUCCGCAAGAAUUUUAUUUUUGUGCCGUUGAAAUGGACGGAUUAGAAGAUGAUGAAUUCAAAAAGCAAUCGCAGUAUCAAUUGGAACAAGAGAGAUUAACGCGAAAGCGCCAACGAGCCACAGAACGCCAGCGAAGAUAUAAGGCUAGACAAAAGAUGUACGCAGACAAAUUAGAAGCAAUUAUUGCAUCAAGUCAGAAAGAGUGUGACGAGCACUCUCAAAAUUGCGCGGGAUUUGAAACACAGGAAAAUUCGCAAACAAGCUGGGCAAACAGUUAUUUAAUCGAACAACUAGAGAAAAGAAAUUUAAAGCGUAAACAAGCCGCAGAACGCCAGAAACGGUUUAGAGAGUCAAGAAAACAGAAAGAGGAACAUUUACAAGCAACCAUUACGACGACUGAUGAAAAUUCGUUAACAGACAUUACGCAUCCAUCUGCAGAGAGCACGGUAAAAUCGAAAGUAUCGGCGAACAUUGAUUACGUAGAGGAUUCACAAAUAGUCGCAUCGCUAAACCGUGCCGAACAAGAACUAGAUAAGCUAAUGGAAAAGCGUAAAAAGAAUAGAGAAAGUCAGCAAAGAUGUCGACGGGCAAAGAAAUUGAAAGAAAUUACUGCAUAUGCUAAUUCAUCGAGCCAAUCGAGCACGGAUGAAUCGCAAAAUGCUAUAGAAAAAAUAGGGCCGGCAGAUGUUGAUCAAAAAGGAAGUCAUAAGACACUUGGAAAAGUGUACAAAAAAGUUCCUGUUUUUAAAAAAGACUUGUCAUCGGCUCAAAGAGUCACGAAAACGGGGGUAUCGACGACGAACGUUGAUCGCGUAGAAUCUCAGACGCAAAGAAAUCUGCAGAAAGAUGAACCGCAAAAAUUUUACAUAACGCAGAUAAAACUAGGAAAUGUUUGUCAUCUAGAAGAAAAUGAUGUACGGUCUGAUAAAGAAAGAUUUUACAUAAAGCAGAUAAAACUAGGAAAUGUUUGUGAUCAAAGCAAAAAGAAUGUACAAUCCGAGGAAGAAAGAGAGAACAAUGCCAAGCAGAAUUUGCUGAAUUUUUUAGCGGCGCAAGCAUCAAAUUAUCCCAACCAAGUUUUUGCAGAGCAAUGGGAGAUGUAAAGUUUAUCGAAAAACUGAACGCAAUCUAAAAGAGAUAAAAGAUUCAGUUUUUAAAUUACAUAGAACCAAAUGAAUAGGACGAAAGUUGUUCUCGUAUGUAAAUUAAUAUAUUUUGUGAUAAAUAAGUUAUUUAAUGUAUAAAUAAUUGAAUAAACUCGAGAGAUGUAAAAUAGUUAAA